AUGGCAUUCUUUGAAGAAUCAUCAGACGAUGAGUUUGGCGUUUCAGAAAUCGAUGAAUAUUCCUCCGAUAAUGAGUUUGUCAGAACUUACUCUGCAAAUGUCAUAGCAGUGAGUCCCUCUUCUUCUUCUUCUUCUUCUUCUUCUUCUUGUGCUGUAAAUGAAGCUCAAAAACCAUGUCCGUCAUCUUCGUUAACAACCUCAACGCUUCACCUCCAUUUCUGUCUCUGCAACUCAAACGCAAUCCCAAUCCUCUUUUCCGCUUCUCCAAACCCCCACCAACUCUCAACCUCCGUCAUCAACCUUCCCUCAAACCCCUCUUUACCCGCGUCAAAAUCCCCUCCACAAGCCCUAGCCAUUCCCUUUCUCGAACCUUCCAAUGCCUCGAUUCCCUCAAGCCCCACCUCCUCUCCCAGCGCCGGCCGAUUCUCCUCGGCUGGGUCUGCAGCCCUCCUCUCCCGCCGCCGGCCGAUUCUCCUCGGCUGGCUCUGCAGCCUCGUCUCCGUCGUCUCUCUCUCUACAAUCGUCCCCAAAUUCGGGAGAUUCUCCGCUCUGAUCGCCGAUUUAGACGCCGUCGGAUUGAGGAACGAGGGGCAGACUAUUGUACCCGGUACUUUGCAGUUAUCAGCAAUGGUGGCUCAGAUGUUGGCUAUAAGCCCUGUUCUAUCUCUCAUAUCAGCAAUGGUGAUACCUUGUAUGGCACUUGUUAUUGCCUAUCUUGGUGAGGAACUUCGUAAGAUUUCUAAUCAGGCAAAUCUUUCUGUUGCAGCUCUCUCAGCUUAUCUAAAUGAGAUUUUCCCGGCAUUUCUUUUUCUGAAAGCAAAUUAUGGAGAGGGGAUCGAGAAUGCUAGGUUUGAGAAGCUAGCACGUACUGACCUCUCUGAACGUUUAAGGAAGAAGAAAAUGAAGGUGCUUAUUCCCCAGAUCGUACAAAUUAUGUAUUUUGGGGCUUUGUUUCUAUUUUGUGUUGGUUCACUGGCAAUUUCAAGAGGUUCUUUUGAUGGCCGUGGCAUGAUUUCAUUCAUAACAUCGUUGGUUUUUCUAAUUGAGCCAAUUCAGGGCAUUGGAAAAGCAUACAAUGAGUUCAAACAAGGAGAACCAGCUAUUGUGCGCUUGUUUGAUCUUAUUCAGUUCAAAGCAAAGGUAAUGGAGAAACCAAAUGCAUUUCACGUGAACCAUGUUAGAGGAGAGGUGCAAUUUUGUGAUAUUUCAUUUAAAUAUGGGGACAAUUUGCCUCUUGUCUUGAAUGGGCUUAACCUGCAUAUCAAGGCCGGAGAAACAGUUGCUCUUGUUGGGCCCUCUGGUGGAGGAAAGACAACCCUUGCAAAGCUCCUGCUUCGGCUUUAUGAUCCUUUAUCUGGUUAUAUACUUAUUGAUAACCAUAAUAUUCAGAGCAUCCGGUUGCAGAGUUUGAGGAGACAUGUUGGCCUGGUUUCUCAGGACAUAACACUAUUAUCAGGAACCGUUGCUGAAAAUAUUGGGUAUUGGGAUCUGAUCAAAGGAAUUGACAUGGGGAGGGUAGAAGAUGCAGCUCGAACUGCAAAUGCAGACGAGUUUAUUAGGCAACUUCCAAAAGGAUACGAGACCGACAUAGGGCCGAGGGGCUCGACUAUGAGCGGAGGCCAGAGGCAAAGACUAGCCAUUGCAAGAGCAGUUUAUCAAAAUUCUUCAAUAUUGAUAUUGGAUGAAGCCACUUCUGCUCUUGAUAGUAGGUCGGAGUUAUCGGUGAGACAAGCUCUGGAACGCUUGAUGAAAAAUCACACGGUUCUGGUGAUUGCCCAUCGGUUGGAAACUGUGUUGAUGGCUAAACGAGUGUUUCUUCUGGAUAAUGGGAAGCUAGAGGAGCUAAGCCACUCGGCUCUUUUGAGCGAUCGUCAUGUGAUAUCUGACAUUGGCAUAUAAUUUGGUCAUGAAAAAAAAAAAGAGUUGAAAAUGGGGGGGCAUUACAAGAAUUGAACUCGGGACCCCUCGCACCCUAAGCGACAGUCAUACUGCCAGACCAAAUGCCCAAUGUUGAGAAGCCUGCUUUGACGUACAUACUUGUAAGGUAACUCGUAUUAGUUUUUAUGUUAUGUGAUAUCUGACAAGUUCCACAAAUGACAGCCUGUGCCAAGGCCAUUAUUAUAUUCUAAUUUAUGACAAUGUCCCAAGCAUAUAUAGAAAACGUUGAUUAUGCAUUA